AUGUCUCUUAAAGUGAAAAUAGUUUAUUAUAUAUAAGUGCUGAAUAAGUUAAUCUAAUUGAUUCAUCUUUUCCUUUUGAAGCACAUAAAUUGGAAAUACCAACCGUUUUAUUUAACAUUGGAAUAAAUCAAAAGUUAAUAUUAAGUACUAUCUAAGAGUGGUAAUGGUUAACUUAUAUCCUCCUCAGUAUAAUUUAGAAAAAUAAAUAUUGAAGAUAGUUUUUCAACUUCCGCGGGAUGUUUUAAAAUUACAUUACACAAUGAAGGGUAGUUGUCUGUCAGAAAUUCUGUAUUCAAAAAUAUCUACACUAAAAUAUCUGAAGAAUAAUCAUUUUGUGGUUGCCUGUAUAUUAUUGAUAAAAGCAUUAAUAUCUAAAUUGAUAUAUUAGAUUCUAUUUAUAAUACAAUUAUUGGAACUGCUGAAGGUGGUGUUAUUUAUCUCAAGACAAUUGCUUAAUAAGUUAACUUUAACUUCACUAAUGUGACAUUUUAGGAUGUCUUUUCAAAUGAUUGUAAUAUUGCCAAACUUAAUUUCAUAAGCUUUAAUCAAUUACUCUAUAUAUAGAAUUGCAGAAUUUUAUAAACGAUAUAGGGUUAUUCCAAAUUUAGGUCUUUGUUUAGUCCACUUCAAAAACAUGAAACUACAAUGAUUUCAAUAUAGUGA